CACUACUCUCUCUCUCUCUCUCUCUCUCUCUCUCUCUCUCUCUCUGCCUCCGUCGCAGCCGGCGUAGCUCUCGUCGUCGUGAUAGCUUGUAUUUCCUCUUCUCGUUUUUCUGUUUCAUUUUCCUUCUCAUUUCUGUAAAAUAAGCCUUUGUUUGGUUCCCGAGAAAACACAAUCUCCAUUCUCCAUUCCAACAACCCUUAGUAACACUAUUUAUAUAUAGAAGCAUUUUUGUGACAAUUUUGUUGGAGAACGUUGUUAAGUAAAUAUUCUUAGUAUGUGGCAUAAAGGGUUGUCAUUUCUGAUAGAAUGGAUUAAAAUUGAAAUCCCUUUUUAAGAAACUUACUUUCAUGCUAUUUGUGUUUCAAUGUGAUUCGUGAUUAAGGUCUUUGGGCUUUUGUGUGUGGUCAAGGGGAUUAAGAUUGAGGCUUUGGAUGGCUUAUAUGCAAUAUGGUAGAAAAGCUCUUGGGAAGAUUAUUACAGACACUAGCCUCCGCAGCUCCGACCGCGUGGUGAAUCCGCUGCUAUAUGCUUGUCAAGGACUUAGAUAUCGGAAGUUGGAAGUUAUUCUAACUACGAGCAUAAAGAAGCUUGGCAAAGCCGGCGAGACAGUUAAGGUUGCUCCUGGGUAUUUCCGCAACCACCUUAUGCCCAAGUUGCUAGCGGUCCCAAAUAUUGAGAAAUAUGUGUUUCUCGUCACAGAACAGCGCAAGAUCUACCAACCUGAGGAGGAAGAAGAGGAGGUUGAAGUAGUUAAAGAGUCUAAGGAAGACACAAUGAAGGCAUUUGAGAAGGCAGCAAGACGUUUAGACAAUUCUAAGCUGGUAUUGCGGAGGUUAAUCGAUGCUGCGAAAUUUCGUUCACGUGCCACUAAAGAUGAUCCUAUAGAAUUGCGUUCACCAGUUACAAAGGAUGAUAUCAUCGCUGAGGUGGAAAGGCAGCUUUGUGUUCGGAUUGCACCUGAAAACCUGCAUCUACCUUCUCCUUUGACAACUUUUGGUGAAUUUGAGUUGCCACUACGCUUCCCGAAGUCUAUCCCUUUGCCGGAGGGGAAGGUUCAGUGGACUCUUGCAGUUAAGGUCAGGGGUAAAUAAAGAUUGGUCCUCUUUUGGCUUUUGAUAAUUUCCCUUGUCCCAUAAUAUUCAGGGAUGACAGUUUUGGCUGAAGUUUUGUAAUUAAUUAAUGUGGUGAUCAAGCUUUGUAUUUGAAGUUAAAAGAGAUUUUUGUACCCUCUUGUCCGAUUAUGGAUUUGUCUGAUCAUAUAACAAAGGGCAUCAUCCUGGUGGCAAACAAUAAAGUUGGUUCUCGAGUUUUUUUUUUUUUGGUUCUUCCAAUUGUUCGAGGCAUGAACAUUUAGAGCUGGAAAGGUUUAUUUGUACCAUGUAGGAAUUCUGUUGGGAAUGCAGCUCUUUUGCCCCAUGUGGAUGCUUUGGAUCGAGUGAGUGGAAUAAUUAAUACAUUUAUAUAUUUCUUAAGACA